CUUCUCUGAAGGUCAGGCACUGCCAUAACAUGAGAGGUGCUGUUUAAUGAAUUAACGUGUCCAAAGUGAUUUGGGAUUGUUGACUAGAAGGCAGAAGAGAAGAACAAAGUAUCAUUAUCAGCAUCAUGAAUUCCUCACAGUAGCCUAAGAAAAAAUAACCUUGUCGUUAAGGAAGACCUCUGUGUUCCAAGGUUUAACUGCCAUAUAUUCAUCUUCUUGGGUCCUAGAUGAGUAUAUACUGUGCUUUGAAGGUGCCGGAAGGUUGCAGAGCCCUCAGGCUCCACCAUUACAGAUCUCACUCCGGGGCCAAGGCCUCUCCAAACCUGACUUUUGUGCCAGCCAGCCCUCCUCCAGAUGCCCUGGAAGUGGAGGCAUUGCAGCGCUUCUUUUCUCAUUCCCAGAGGCUGUUGGUAAUGACCGGCGCUGGAAUCUCCACUGAAUCAGGGAUCCCUGACUACCGCUCAGAAGGGGUGGGGCUUUAUGCCAGGACGGACAGGCGGCCCAUCCAGCAUACUGAGUUUCUUCGCAGUGCCAGUGCCCGCCAGAGGUACUGGGCAAGGAACUUUGUGGGCUGGCCCCAGUUCUCCUCUCACCAGCCUAACGCAGCGCACCUGGCCUUAAGAAACUGGGAGAAGCUAGGAAAGCUGCACUGGCUGGUGACCCAGAAUGUGGAUGCCCUGCAUACCAAGGCCGGGAGUCAGCGGGUGAUGGAAUUGCAUGGCUGCACACACAGGGUUCUCUGCCUCGGCUGUGGAGAGCAAACUCCCCGCUCUGAGCUUCAGAAGUGCUUUGAAGUGCUGAAUCCCACCUGGACAGCUGAAGCACAUGGCAUGGCCCCGGAUGGGGAUGUCUUCCUCACAGAAGAGCAGGUGCAUAACUUCCGUGUCCCGGCCUGCAGCAGAUGUGGUGGGAUCCUGAAGCCAGAUGUGACGUUCUUUGGGGACACAGUUAGCCGGGAGAAAGUGGACUUUGUGCACAAGCGCCUGGCUGAAUCAGAUUCCAUGUUAGUGGCAGGAUCCUCUUUGCAGGUGUACUCUGGUUACAGGUUUGCACUUGCUGCCCAUGAGAAGAAGCUGCCAAUUGUGAUCAUUAAUAUUGGACCCACAAGGUCAGAUCACUUUGCAUCCAUGAAACUGAAUUCCCGGUGUGGGGAGUUGCUGCCUUUGAUUGUCCUGCGGUGACCCAGUUUCUAGUGUUAGUGAGCCAAGCACCUGCACCCACCCAAGCAGGCAAACGGAGGUGAGAUCUAAAGGUGCAUCUUUUGAUGAGACCAGCAGAGGACAGCAAUCCAUCAUCCGUUCCAAUCAGAUCAGCUUUCUGCACUGAGCCAUGGUCUCCAUUUACCUGGAAGCAGGAUGGGUGGAAAGCACCUGGUAUGAGAUUCUCUCGGCCCUACCUGUCCCUAGAGUCUACUGUGCCCCUGCUUUGCCUUCACUGCAAGGUGCUAGGACACGGUCAUCAGACUUUUGUAUCUCCAAACCAAGACACUUUUCUUACAAUUGGCACCAGGAGGAGAGUUGGGGAAGGGGAGCUUGGAGGAGGGAUUAGACAAAUUGGAAUGGGGGGGAGCACGGAGCUGAAGAGGGUUUUAGCAGCUGGGGGAUCUAAUGUCAGAAGAAGGUGAGAGGGGACGGCAUAAGACAGGCCCCGUGAAGCCGGAACUCUGCUCUCCCAGAGCUGGGAGGAACCUGUACUGGGAAAAAUGUUUUCAGCAGAGAAGUUGAACAAGGGCACCUGCUAAAUGCAGCUGCUUUCCAGAGAGAGACUUCUUUGCGGGGUGGGUUAUCAGCUGAACAAGUCCUCCUCUUCGAGCAGGGAGAAGGCUGAGCAUUACGGGGCCAGAGGGAGGUGCUGUACAGUUUGGCAGCUACCCUUGGCUCCUAUUUGAACCUUAAAAAAAAACAACAAUGACUGGGAUAUUGCUGGAGUUUCACUGAGUCAGCCUGACCAGAGCUGCUCCUAACUAAGCUAUGACCUUCUCUGGAAUGCGCAGCUGGGAGUAGGGUUUUCCGUGUGUAAUUAAAUUUAAAAAUUGCUUACAAGA